GAUUCUCAACAGAUUUGUCCUUCAUCGGGCUUCCAUUCCAACUUUGGAUCAAGGUUCCAUUGCUGCCCUGUGUGAGUGUCCAUCUUCUAUUUUACUCAAAGAGGCUAUUACUGAUGAAUCACGAAGGACCAAGAGGUAUCGAGCGGCCUCAGGACCGGCCACGAUGCAUCCCUUCCGGUCCAGCGGCGAAGUGCGACAAGCCCAUCUCGCAUUGCAGGGGGCCACGGCAAGUAUCGUGCGGUUGUCGGGUCAAAUUCAGGACGAGACCUUUCACCCCGUUUUUUUCCAAAAACGCCGUGAAAUGAAGUCUAUAAAAAUCUGGCUAUUUCGUACAGAGAGAGACGCUGCUGAAGGCGGGUUUCUGGGCAAGGGCCCCUUCUAUACCAUGUGCCAAGAGGCCAUACUCCCAGCACCUCGACUACCUCCGGGCCUUCCGCGGGCCUCCGGCUGCCAAGAUUGCGGAACUGUCAAGGGAUUGUAA